AUGGUGUCAAAUUUGACAAUCAGUGUCGAUGAGAAUUCAUUGAGUGAAUGGAGGAAAAAACCCUACGAAUUCGAUGCUGAUUGUGUGCGGCUCACAUUUUGCCCCAAUGAUCCCCCAGACAAGCGCUUCGGCUUUAUGGUCGAAGUCGAGCGUGCACCUGAGUCAUUAGAUGGAUUGAAAUGUGUCAUCGUUUUCAAUCUAUCAUCAACGGAGCCACAGGCUAUCAUCAACCCGUUUAUUUUUAUUUCAACCUAUAUGGAUGCCCAUCCAACUCGCUUUUGCGUUUUCAACAACAACGACAAUGGCUUGUCGGACUCAAAACUGAUUGUUGAGAUCGCAAUUUUGUGCUCGAUCGAGGAAUCGGCAACCUGUUCCGAAGCGGAUGCACCUGUUCGACUCAAUGGAGACUUCGCCAAGAUGCAAGAUCCGGUGCUAAAUGUCUCCUCGUUGAACAAAACCGUUUUGGUUACUUCUCGCCUAAUCAGACCCGAUCCGGUUUAUGUGAGCGACAAUUUCGACGCAGAGCUGAGAAAAGUGUCAGCGGUGUCGCUUCGUCGUGUCAACACCUCGUUAGACACAUCGAGGUUUCUCCUCUUUUCCACCGAUGUCACCUAUCGCAUUGACUACGCAGAAGUUCCCACGUGGAUCACGAUCGCUUUCAAAAGCACAGCCACGGUGGCGCUAGAGAAAUUUCGCUGGGAUCGACCAACGAAAGUGUGCGAGUAUCAAUUGAUCGUCGGAUCGCCGGCAGGCAUCGAUAAACACCCUGAGCGAAAAAUUAUCGUUUUUCGAGACAACGAACCGUUUGUUAGGCAAUACCUUUCACCCAAUCACUUCAGCAUUCAUGUUCCGCCCGGUUGUCAGCCGAGUUUUGCUUUGAUAACCACUCACGAAGAGGAGGGAAAGAGUUAUCCGUACGAUUGGAAUGUGCCUCAAGAAGUGUGCGAUGGGCAAGUGUUCGUCACCUCUUACGGAUACGAGAAUCCCCAUAUGGGCAUUGUUAAUGUUGUUCAGAAUACCGGAACUGAAGGCUACAACAUGACACGAAACUUCUACUGCAGGAAAUAUCCGGUUGUAUUCGAUGUCGAGGUCUUUUUCGUUGGAAACGGAAUGCUGACAUUGAUGAUCUUGGGCUCAAAAAGUCUUGGUGAUUUCAAUAUGAGUGUGAUUGAUGACAAUUGGCCGUACCGAGUGGGCGACGCGAAAGAAGUCGGGAUUUUCUGGCAGCAAGACGGAGCCAAGAUAAAGACGAGGGGACUCUUUGUGAAAGUGAAUGUGGCAAAAGCCGGCGCGAUGGAAAAUAGAUUUCGAAAAGUCUACAAAAAGCGAGUCGAUGCGAAGAAUUUCGCCAUUGUCUUCACGAUGAUUAAUCCAACCCAGAUGAUCUUCACGAUGAUCAAUCCAAACAACUUGACCCAGAGAAAGAACCGAUUCUCCUUUCUUGAGAUGCAGUUUUUGAUGAAAUUCAGUGAAGAAACUGUGAUUUUUAAACGGUUU